GGAGCGAUCGUCACGCCCGCCCAGAGCAGCCCAAACGCGAUCGUAACCAGACAGACACACUGAAAAUGAAGUGAUGUGGACGUGUUUGUGCCUAUGUGAUCGUUAUUUUUGAACGUAUGGAAUUAUCUCCCAUCGGAAUCUCGAGUUCCUUCAAUGGCAGUCGGCCGGAGUAAACGUAAACUCGAAAUGAGAUGAGUAUGCGCGUGGCCUGGGUCAGAUGGUAUUGGGUUGUGAUACUUACCACGUGCGCCGCGAGGACCGCCAGCGAUUGGCUCGACUGUUCUCACAUCGCCACAUGCAAAUGCAAAUGGUCCUCCGGAAAGAAGACAGCCACCUGUGUCUCCGGUGACCUGCGCCGUCCGCCCACACUCUCUUCGGAUAUACAAGUAUUGGAUCUACACGACAACCCAUUACGGAGCUUACCCCAAGAAGUGUUUUCGAAUAUUGGCCUUCUAAACUUACAACGAUUGAAUCUACGAGCAACGAGUCUCAGAUUUUUACACGCGGACGCGUUCUUAGAAUUAAGGAUACUAAUUGAAGUCGAUUUAGGAGACAACGACCUAGCUCACUUGCCAAAAGACAUAUUCAGAGGCAACGAACGAUUGAGGCUGGUCGUUCUGAGCAAUAAUCCUUUAACGACGUUAAUUGCGGACCAGUUCCCGCCGCUUCCUCAUUUACGGAUCCUUUUAUUAGACGGAUGCAGAUUAAGAUCGAUACACACGAAUGCCUUGCGCAAUUUGAAGUCGUUAGAGACAAUAGAUUUGCGUAGAAAUCAACUAUCAUUCCUCCGGUUGAUUACAUUUUCGUUGCCGGCUCUAAAGACUGUUGCCCUCUCUGGGAAUCCGUGGAAAUGUGAUUGUAGGCUACGCGAGUUUAAAGACUGGUUCUUGGAAAGUAAUCUAGGAACCGAGGAACUGUUCUGUGUUGAGCCAUUGAAGCAAACUGGAUCAAAGUGGCGGCAAGUGCCUAGUGAAAAUAUGUCGUGUCCCCCUGAAGUAAAGUCUAGUACAUUAAUAGUAAGAGCGGAGGUUGGUAUGGCUGCUUCUUUUGGCUGUUGGGUUCACGGACUGCCAAAACCAAAAGUGACAUGGUUAUUUGAUGGUGUAGAUGUACACAACAGUUCUAUCGAUUGCGACAUGGAAGAGAUAGAAACGAUCAUAGAAGAAGACUCGGAAGAAAGAGUUCCGGGAAGUGUAAGAUGGGUAAAUAUAACCCUCUUGAAUGUAACAUCGAAUGCAGCAGGAGAAUGGACAUGUGUGGCAAAAAGUGUAGCUGGUGAUGCAAGAGCGAUUAUCAGUCUAGUACUUCCAAGAUCACAAACAGCAACGGCAAGAACCGCUCCGGGGAUUCCUCAACUGUUAGGAGUAGUUUUUGGUGCAUUGAGUAUUUUAGCUACCCUCGGUUUUAUAGGUGCUGUUGCGUGCUGGAAGUUAAGACGACGAAGCGUACCGCCAAGUCGAAGUUUCACGGACCAAGAGAAAAGACUUAUAGACGCGUCUGUUGUAGUCAGUUGUGAUAGAUCUAUCGGUAAUAUGGCUUCUCCUUGCGAUUUUGAACUAACGGAACAAUCUUUAGGGGACGACCAACCAAGAACGUGUUCGUUUGAUCCCGUUCAUAUAACAAUAGAAGGUACCCCUGGUGCAUUUCCGCCACCGCCCGCUGAGUUUGCAGUGCCGGUACCUUAUGGAAACAUCUUCAUAUCGGUUCAAGUUUCUGGCAGAGGUGAAUCAGGAAAGUAUCCAGAUUUAUUGAGUGGUGGAGCAACUUUACCGAGACGGAACAGAUCCUGUUGUGGAGCUCCAGCUUACGAUAACAUGGGUCCAAGAGUGACUGCCACCGGAAGCUCGACUUGGUCUUUGCCGGGUGCCAACUUGGAGCAUGUAGAACUAUCAGAAACUCCUGUUUUAACGCUCCCUCCCCCUCCACCGGAGUUUGUUUCACUUUAGCCAAGGUCCCUGGUACUGGACGCCUCAGCUCUGAGGUGACCUGGUGCCAUGAGGUUUGUCAAUUAGAUUCCCAAAUCCUUAUUAAGUUAAUACCGCAAAUUGAAUAAAUGCGUUAAUCUAUGAAUUAUAUUGAGGUAUGAAAUAUUAAAAGCUAUUAAAGAUGGAUUUCCGUAAAUUUCUGAUAUUGUAAAUAACGAAAUUAAGUGUGGACGAUGUGUGACAUCCCGUGAGAUUAAAAUAGGAUUGUUAAUGGUAUUGAACUGUAUAUUGCAUUUAAAAUGACCUUGUUGAUAGAUUGGGUACAGAUUGAAGUUUAAAUGUUACUUCUAGAGUUGUAUAAUUUUGGAUCGUUUCAUAUAUGUAAACUAAUUAAGAUAAUUUAGAUUCUACAAAUAGAUAGUUCUUUAUAGAUCCCUUUUUAUUCAUUUUUAUUGUGUUUUUAUCGACCAAAUAAUUGUUUAAUCUAUUUUAACAUCCAUAAUGAACAACUCUAGAUUUUAAAUGUUUUAUUUGGUUUUCCAGGCGUUUCCUUUCUUUAAGAGUCUAUUAAAUGUUCGUCUUCCUGACUUUUGUAAAUAUCCUUUAUUUAUACAAAUUUCCCAAAUAUAAGACUGACCCUUUUGUCUUGUUUUUGUCUCUCUUUUUAAACGUAAGCCUAACGUUGUGUUCGGCAGAAAAUGAAAUGAAAUUUUUUCCACCAAUUGACUACACUGGCUUGUGAAGAGUUUUUUAUACUUAUUCACAUGAUGUUUGGUACUGCUCAAUUAAUAGUAAAAGUGUUUGAAAUGCAACUAUAACUUUUUUAUAUUCGGUAAAAAAGAGCAAAAGGUUCAUAAUUACAUUUUUAACUUACAGAAACAUCAAAGUAUAUCAAACCUCACGAAGGUAACUUAGAAUAUUCGUCGAUUAAAAAUUUUAUAUUCUUCAUAAUUUAUAUAUAAGAAAAUCGUGCAGUCAUGCUAACUGUAAUUUAGAUUACGUCGCGGAGUCAAGCUCUUCAUUUCUGCCAAAAACAACGUAAUAUAUUAUGUAAAAAGCUGUACAGCAUAGUCAGAAUAGCUUCUAAACAAUUUUCCUUUCGAAAAGAAUAUCUCAGAUUAUAAUAAUAAGUUAGAUGAAGCGUCUCCAACAGUGAUAUGACAAAGUAAAGUUUUAUAAAAUUAAUAACGUGACACAGUGAAAUUGUUGAAAACGCUACGUCUAACCUCGUUUUGUACUCUGAAAAUCAAACAUUAUCUAAUGUAAAGGAAUAAACUGA